AUGCUGGCAAGUACAAGUCAAGGUAAGAUGUUUUGAUUCUCGACACGUUUGGAGUAUUAUCUUCACUUUGUAAGGGCUUUUUACAAAAGUUUUGCCCUUUUUUCGAUCGAUUUUAUCUGUUUUGUAAACAACCAACGUGACUUGUUUAACCCCCUCUUUUCUAGCGUAUGUUCCGUUGUCCGCGAAGAUCGAUCGUUGCGCGGUUUGUGAGGAUGCGGCGACAGGAGUUCAUUACAAUGUCAUGUCAUGUUUUGGGCAAGUGACUAUGUAGUUGAAAAUCACAGAAAUGUCACGUGAAAUUCUUAUCUUAUCUUUUGUCAAUCUAAUCCAAGUCUUAUUAGUUCAUUUUUGUUCCGGAUUUUUAAAGAUUUUUUUCAAAAAUUCCGCCAAGAAAGAUUCAAAUUAGAGUGAAAAAAAAAUUUUUCAUAAAUUUCAUCCUUGUAAUUUCAGUUGUAAAACCUUUUUCCGUCGGGCAAUUGUGAAUUCCCGUCGAUAUUACUGUGAGAAAGAGAAUACCUGCGAUGUGACCCAGCGAAGUGGCCGACAGGGCUGUAAAUCCUGCCGAUUACAAAAGUGUUUCGAUGUGGGGAUGAAUUUGAAAUGUAAGGAAGACUGUAAUCAUCAUCAUUGAUGACCUUUUUUAAUUAAAAAUUUUAUUGAUUUUUUAAAAAUUUCCAGGUUUAAAGCCGCGUCGAGACCGAAAUUACUCCAAUUCGAAUGGGUCGGUAAUCAAAGUCAUCAAAGUUUCGAAUUCGGCGACAGUCAAAAGCCGGCGACAAAGUGAUAACCCGAAUACCACGACAUCGGCGGGUAAUGAGCAUUAUUCCCAAAAACUUUUAAAAUUAAUCAACGACUUGACGAGGACGGAUCAAACGUUGCGGAGGAAGAAAAUAGGAUGGCUGGCCGCGUUGGAGGAGGGGAAGAAAUUAAACAAGGAGAUCUCACAGGUAUGUGGAUGAUAAGUCUGUGAAGUUUACAUAUAGAUUGCGAUUUAGACUUUACAUAAAAGGUUUGUAAAAUACGUGCUCUGUAACUUGCGCCGAAUUUUUAUUUCCUCCAGAAGAAGGAGCAAAAAAUUGGUGCUCAAACAUACUUUAGUAUACAUUGGUAUAGUAUAUCAAACAUGCUAUUAUAUAUCUUGGUAUAGUAUAUCAAACGUCCUAUAGCACAUACUAUACAUGGUAUACUGUAGCAUAUCUUGGAAUUCAAAAACUUUUUUAAAGAGUUAAGAAUUUCAACCAAAAAUCUUGGCCUUUAACAAUUCACUUCUAAUAUUAUAUUUUUCGUUUCCAGUACCCCUAUCCAGUCACUCCACCCACGGACAUUCGGAUUGUCGAGAAAGCAGACAUGGCAACCGUAACAUCCUCUGAACUUUACUGUCUCCUCGAAUGGGCCAAGAGUCUUCCAUUCUUCUGCAAAUUGCAAGCUCACAUCCAGGCAGCCGUUCUCCGGAGAUUCGCGGUUUACCAGGUCAUAAUCGAGCAAGGGGAGGUGACCGCAAAGAGUGGUUACAAUGACUUGUGGGUUCUGCCGAAUGGAACGGUCCUGCCGAAGGAUGUGAACAACCUUCCACUGAGUAGUAAAGUAAGCAUCUUUUUGAUCAAAAAGCUGCUAAAUAUUUGAGUUUUUUGAAAACUUUAGGCAUAUGUUUCCAGGCACAAAUCUCAGAAGGACGGGCAUGGCGUCAGGAUAAACUGUACCGCCAGAUGACCGAGAUCUGCCUGGAUGAAGUUGCCAUGCCCAUGCGUCGGCUGUCGUUGAUCCCAGAAGAGCUGGUCACUUUGAAGAUCAUCAUGUUCUGUCAAUGCGGACUUAGGGUGCCUCGUAAGUAAAGUUUUUGCUAUGGAAAUAAAUGGGCAUUGUUUUCCGGCUUGUCUCGGCAAACUGAGUAUAUUAACGUAAGGGCACGUAAGACGGCAAACUAUUGAUUUCUGCAAAUUUCUAACAAGGGAAGUCGUUCAGAUCGCAAAUGAACUAUGACAUGAGACCUGUGUGGUUUUAUAGUCACAUACUCUACUAUAUCGAAUAUAAAGGCAUUUUUGCGUCUGGGCCCCCGCGGCCGAGAAAAUCGACUAUGAAGUUUCGCAAGAAGAGAGCGCCGAAAAAGUCCUCUCUCCGAAAGCAAACCCAAACAGCUGCCCAGUUGGCCGAGUGGAAAGAGCGCUCGUCUAACGAAUCUUCUUUUGGGUCGGGGGGCUGGGUUCGAUUCCUUUCACCUGCAAUGUAAAGGGUAAGACUACUGUGUACACUACAGUAUGCGUAAAAAAAUUUUUUUUGUGUUUUUCCAAUUUUAUGUAGAUUUGUGCCUUUUCUUGAGACAAAAACAAACAAAUUUAGUCGACUUUUCUCCAGACUGUUAAAAAUGGCAUGACUUGGAAUGGUAAUCGGAGAGCUUCCUGCGGCUACGCCGCAAGGCUAUCGGAAAGUUGUCGAAAGGAAGUAAAGUGAUUUUUUAUCACUCUUUGAUUUUGUUUGGACAUGGGAUUGGCGCCUAAAAAUGUUGUGGCUCUCCUCUUGGCCGAGUUCGGAACCGGGAACUCCGAAGACGCGACUUACGAGGAGACUCGGAUGGCAACCCGACUGAAGAUUCUGCUGUCUCAAGCGGCGGAAGACGCGAAUAUUGAGGUUCAAACGGACGAUGAGAUUAUGGACAACAAUAGCAGUGGGGACGAGAAUGACGAUGACAGCGACUUCGAAUUGGACGUUGAAGGCCAUCAAGAACGUGAUGAAAGAGGAACUGGAGAGAUAUGGAUGGGACGAAAAUUCGUGUCGCUAGAUCAAAUACGAGCAGUCAAACGAUAUUGGCUAUCGUCGAAUCGAUCGGUUGGCGCUGUCAGGAAACGGUGCAGGUUCAUUCGAAGCGACUACUACUGGAGAAAGAUGACGGACCUGUGGAAGAAAGGUAAGGCUACAGUUUGUUGAUGAUUUUUUUUGUAGAUGAAGUUGUCGCAGGUCGGCGUGUUCGCAGUUCCGAACUCGGCCAAGAGGAGAGCCACAACAUUUUUAGGCGCCAAUCCCAUGUCCAAACAAAAUCAAAGAGUGAUAAAGAAUCACUUUACUUCCUUUCGACAACUUUCCGAUAGCCUUGCGGCGUAGCCGCAGGAAGCUCUCCGAUUACCAUUCCAAGUCAUGCCAUUUUUAACAGUCUGGAGAAAAGUCGACUAAAUUUGUUUGUUUUUGUCUCAAGAAAAGGCACAAAUCUACAUAAAAUUGGAAAAACACAAAAAAAAAUUUUUUUACGCAUACUGUAGUGUACACAGUAGUUUUACCCUUUACAUUGCAGGUGAAAGGAAUCGAACCCAGCCCCCCGACCCAAAAGAAGAUUCGUUAGACGAGCGCUCUUUCCACUCGGCCAACUGGGCAGCUGUUUGGGUUUGCUUUCGGAGAGAGGACUUUUUCGGCGCUCUCUUCUUGCGAAACUUCAUAGUCGAUUUUCUCGGCCGCGGGGGCCCAGACGCAAAAAUGCCUUUAUAUUCGAUAUAGUAGAGUAUGUGACUAUAAAACCACACAGGUCUCAUGUCAUAGUUCAUUUGCGAUCUGAACGACUUCCCUUGUAAGACCCGAACGGACAAUAAAUUUCUACUUUUUAGCGCUAUAACUAUGCUGAAAUCUUAAAUUUUUCAUUCUUCAUUUUCAGAGAAAACCCCCGAUGACGUCACUAUAUUCAGAAGUUCAAUUGACGAAAUCAUCAAAGCAUUGUUUGAAUUUUACAAGCAAAGCAAUUUGGAGAUGUACGAAGGUCAGUAAGAGAAGUCCUAACUACACAAACACUCUCAUUGCCCGUAUUUUACAAUUACUACAAUUUCAGAGCGUUUCGGAAACAUUUUGCUGCUGAUCUCCGGGAUCGUCGCCGCCGCCACACCUACUCUGGAGAGCUUUCGAAUUCAGAGUUUGUUCGACUUUGUCUCCUUCGAUAACAUUGCCAAUUUGUUGUUGUUUCAGAAAACUGAAGAUCGGGGAUGA